AGCAGCAGCAGGCCCGUCAAACCGCAAGUUUCAUCAAGAAUGGCUCCAGAUCCCCGUGGACAAGAGGAAUCCGGGCCGGUGGGAUCCAUUAUCGCUGGCCACAGGAUCUCCCUCAACGUCCACUACGACAAUGAUGAGCCACAGCCUGUCAAGGCGGUGGGCGGGGAGGUAACACCGUGGAGAUGGUGGCGAGUACUGGUGCGCUCCCCCAGGACACCCCAGACAGGUCCUCCACCAACAGCAAGUCCGCCCUCCUAGAUGAUCACCACAGAGACUCGUCAAAGAAAGCCCCUGCUGACCUGGAGGAGGGACAGAAGAUAACCCACGUUGACAGUGUAAUUAUGGAUGAGAAAAGUGAGGGUGAGAAGGAGAGUCUUGAGUCAUCAGUCCCCUCUUCAUCAUCUGUGUCAGAGACUCGGCCAGACACCCCCGAGACUACCUCGGCUCACUCGUCCUCUCCAGAGCCACCUCACACCCAAAGUCCUACCACAUCCAGUCCAGAGAUGUUUAAGUCACCCAUCAAGCAGACAGAGUACCUCAAUGGCCCUGAUCAGAUAAUACCAACUGACUGCAUCAAGACAUGGGAACCAUCUGGGGUUACAAAAUUGAAGAUUGGUGACCAAGGUCCAUCAGCACACACCCCAGUGUCUGUCCCCACUCUCCUGAAGAAGGCUGCUGAAAAGUACCCCAACACAAAUGCUCUGUGUGUUAAGAGAGGUGGCGAAUGGAGGUACACCACCUACAGUGAAUACUAUGAACAAGUUCGCAUUGCAGCAAAAGGCUUCAUCAAGCUGGGUCUUGAACCCAACCAUGGAGUGUGUAUCCUUGGUUUCAAUUCGCCGGAAUGGUUUAUUGCAGACCUGGCUGCCAUCUUUGCUGGAGGAUUUGCUGCAGGCAUCUAUACAACAAACUCUCCUGAAGCAUGUGAGCACUGUGCUCGCAAUUGUGAAGCACAAAUCUUUGUGGUUGAAGAUCAAAAGCAAUUAGAGAAGGUACUCAAGAUUCGAGGGCGUCUACCUACGCUACAUACAAUUAUCCAGUACUCUGGCAAGCCAACCGUCGAAGGUGUUCUUAGCUGGGAGAACGUUAUGGAUCUGGGUAAAGAGCAGCCAGAUAAAGCUCUAGAAAACAGGUUGAGACGAAUUGCAGUCAAUAAGUGCUGCACUCUAAUUUAUACCUCUGGUACCACUGGUCUACCCAAAGGUGUUAUGCUCAGCCAUGACAACAUCACUUGGAAUGCACAUGCCAACUGUAUUAAUGGAGACUUUCAUGCUGGCAGAGAGACAUUAGUAAGCUACUUGCCAUUGUCCCAUGUUGCUGCACAAAUGGCUGACAUUUAUGUUACCAUGUAUUCAGGUGCCUCUUGCUACUUUGCAAUGCCAGAUGCCUUAAAAGGCAGCCUUGGUCAGACCUUGAAGGAAGUAAAACCAACCAGAUUCUUAGGUGUUCCACGCGUGUGGGAAAAGAUAUACGAGAAAAUGAUGGAAGUUGGUCGGAAAACAACUGGGGUGAAAAAGUCAAUUGCUACCUGGGCUAAAUCACUUGGAUUGGAAACAAAUAUGCGCAAACAAAGGCAGGAUUUCUCAAAGCCAUUUGGAUAUUCAGUAGCCAAUGCUAUAGUUUUUAAGAAGAUAAAAGGAGUGCUAGGACUCGAUCGAUGUGAACUUUUCCUCUCUGGUGCAGCACCAAUUGCACCAGAAAUUGUCAAAUACUUCCACAGCCUUGAUAUUCCUCUUACAGAAAUCUACGGUAUGUCUGAAUCAAGUGGUCCCCAUACUAUAGGCUUGGAGAAAGCCUUCAAAUUGGGCAGUUGUGGGCGUACUGUUCCAGGUUGCUACACAAAGUUAGAGAACCCAGAUAAGGAGGGUAAUGGUGAGGUGUGCAUGGGUGGUCGCCAUAUAUCCAUGGGCUAUAUGAAAAUGGAAGAGAAGACGCAUGAGGCUAUUGACGAUGAAGGCUGGCUCCACAGUGGUGAUAUUGGCCGACUUGACGGUGAUGGGUUUUUGUUUAUUACUGGCCGUAUUAAGGAAAUUAUCAUCACUGCUGGUGGUGAAAACAUUGCUCCUGUGCUCAUUGAAGACAACCUAAAGGCUGAAUUGCCUUGCCUCAGCAACAGCAUGCUUAUCGGUGAUAAGCGGAAGUUCCUCUCUGUUCUCUUGACUUUAAAGACUGAGCUGAAUCACGACACUGGUGAACCCUUGGAGGCACUGACUCCGUCUUGCAUAGAAUGGUGUCGCAGUAUUGGAUCAUUUGCCAAAACCAUACAGGAUGUGUUAGCAGGGCCUGAUGCUAAUAUCAUGAGAUCAAUUCAAGAUGGCAUUGAUCGUGCAAAUAAAUUGGCUCCAUCUAAUGCUCAAAGAAUUCAAAAAUGGACCAUUCUCCCCAAAGACUUUUCCUUGCCUGGUGGAGAGCUUGGACCAACCAUGAAAUUGAAACGGCCAGUUGUCUCACAAAAAUACUGCGAAACCAUAGAAAGGUUUUAUGAAAUCUGAACAAAUCUGUAAGUUAUGACUGAUGCUUGCAGGCAUUUGUGUGAUGUAGCUCAAAUUUUUGUGAUGUGGAUAUAUUUAACAUGGAUUUUCUCAUGUAAUUAACUUUCUUCAGGAAAUGGUUUGUAAACACUGUAUUUAUUCUUUAAAAGGCAUUAAUUCUAACAGCAAAAAAUCUCAUGGUGCAUUUAAACCUUAUACAGUAUAUGUAAAAAUAUUAACUGAUCUUGCCAUAUGCCAUUUCAUGCAGUGCCUUGUAAUAAAAAGUUGGUUAUGGAUUGGAAUGGCAAUGUAUAUGUGUGAUGUGAUACGUCUUGCAGGGCUGUGUGAAUCUUGUAAUAUAGGUUGUAUUUUUAAUUUCAUUAAAACAAUGUGCAAUGCAAGUCCCAGUUCAGUGUAUGUUGUAAAUACUUAAAUGCACGAAGCUGGGACCAGGUAUGUCAUAAAGCCAUUCUCAAAAACUGUCGUCAGAUUUGUGUUGCUUAACUAUUCAUCAGAAAUUAGUGGAAGAAAUAAUUGAAAUUGUAAUUAUUUGGAGUACAUUUCAAAAGUAAUACUGUAUGAAGAAGCACAGGAAACAAAAAUACUUCCCAAGUUUUGGAGAUGGUUGUUUGAUACCUUUAAUUAUAGGAAAACUUAACUGGCCUUCAUACAGAGCAGUUGAGUUCUAAUAUUGAUGAGUAUGACCAAUAGAUAAUUUUAGGGACAAGAAAUUUAAGUACUUAUGUUAAAGUUUAAGGAUUGUAAUUAAAAUGUCAUGUAAAAUCACCAACAAAAUACUGUACUCUAGACAUGUCUGGUAGCAUCUGAAAAAACAGACAUGCAUAAAGGCCAAAAGUCAUGCCUUGCUUUAUAGAACACGGGAUAAGAGACUGAAACUUUGUGACACGAUCUGAAUGUCUGUAUCGGUACAGUACAAUAGUGCUACCAGUAGCGUUGAGAGUACUUUGUUGGCUACUGUACCAGCUGUUAGUGUGAUACUGUUUGUAAUGCUGAUCUUGGAGAAUUAAGAAACUUAUUUAUAUUUGGAAAGCACAUGCUAUUGGCAUGAUAAUCGGUACAUUUAUGAACAAAAGUCCUGUUGCCUCUUAUCAACGAACCCCAAGAUUCAGACACUGAUGAAUUAUUCUGUCCAUAAAUGCUUCAAAUUCUAAGGGUUCUUGAAGCAGCAGAAGAGGCAACAGGACUUUUGCUCAGAACUGUACAUGACUGCACUCCUAUUUAUGCUGCCAGAUAUGAUGCAAAUUUAUAUCUUAUGUAUCAUACUAUACUGUAUAUAUGGAUAAUCUUAAGUAAAUGAAAAGCAAUU